UGAACAUCAAAAUUCCUUCGAAAGCUUUUGUUCAGACAGAUCUCAAGAUGAUGUGAGCCAAAUGUGGUGAAGAUUGGACAAAAUUUGGAGGACAAGCAGCAAAAAUGGCAGUUAGAUGUAAGCAUUUUUGGCAUGUUAUUGUAGCUUUUGACCAGUAGUGCAGUUUUGUGUCAGAGCACAAAGUCGUUGCUGAGAUAAAGCCUCACUUCCUGUUUAGAGGCUUCACCAUCAGAUUCGUUGGCCCAUUACAGGCAAACUGUUUGGACUAUUCAAAAUUCUUUUGAUAAUUUUUGUGACACUUACUCUGAUGAUGAUGUGAGCCAAAUCUGGUGAUGAUUGGACAACAUUUGUAGGAGGAGUACCGAAAAAACUGUUUUUGAAAAAAUCCAAGAUGGCAGAAAAUCUGAUUAGGCAGAAAUUGACGUCAUGGGGUGCAAUCAACUCGACUCGACCCAGGAGAUCCAGUAAAGCCUGGCUUUUAAAUUUUGGACACACAGUUCAAAAGUAAUGACCAUAAAUGUUCUUCCAAACUAGUCCCAAAGUUGGUCAGAAUGUUGCUGAGACCCUCCUCAAUCAGUGUGACACAUUAUUACCAGGCGGUUCUGUGGCUGCUAUAGACACCCGAGCCAGAGGAAGGAGAAAAGGUAGAGUAACAGUAGGGAGUUUACUCACCUAGUUAGGCAUUAGUAAUUCCACACUGCGCCACUAGGCGGUGCUUUAGGGUCAGCUGUAGAUUUAUGUAUUUUUACUUUUAUUUUCUUUCUUCAUUGUUCUGCGAUAACCUACAGCAAGGUUUAACCUACAGCAUGUGUCUUCUUUACGUUCAAAUACUAUGCCUUAAUAUGUAAAUAUCCUUUCGUUAGAAUAAAAUAGUUAAAAGAGAAAACCAAACACUCGGCAAGGUUGAGCCGUGCGAUCUGCGCAUGCGCAGAAGCUCUCCGCUGAACCCGGAAGUGAAGUGUGUUGUGUUGUGUGUUGCGGAGGGAGUUUUGAAAAACGGUUUUAAUUUUGUUUACAGCAGACUUCAUCUGUAAUAACCUGCAAACUGCGUUUUAUACCACAGUAGCUGUUUAUUCACUCUGUAGUGAAGGAAAAGAGAAGAAGGUGACAGACAUGGAGAGUGCGCUGAUGCAGAUGGUCCCGCCUCCGGUCCCUCUAAGCCCCGCCCCUGCCCCGCCCCAGUGUCCGGAACUGGACCUGUCCCUCACACUGACCCCAGAGAGACCGGGACACUCAGCUGGAGGAAACACACGGACACGCCCACGGCAGGUGCGUUUCGCUGUGAGUCCUGACUCCUCCUCCGACCAGCCUUCUGUUACCAUGGCGAUUACACAACACUACAGUAACCAAUCAGCAGCUGAGAAACGACACAGUAAAGGAAAACAAGGUCCACACACAGGGGAACAGGGGGGCGUGUCUGCUCAGAGUGAUGGACAGCUGACAGAAGGGGCGGAGCUAAACACUACACUGGCCCUGAAGGCGGAGCUACAGCAGCUGGAGGAGGCAGAGUUUAACUCCCAGAAGGCCGUGCAGGAGAGACUGCAGAACUCGACUACUGUACAGGAGUGUAUCAGAACCCGAGCGGCCGAGGGUCUGAAUUUUCCUCGCUCUCAUCAUCUCUAUCGAGCUCUCGUAAGCGUCAGUCUGUCACAUGAUGAGCUCAUCGCUGAGGCCUUGCGUGACAGGCCAGCUUUAGCCCCGCCCACAACCAGCCACCACACCAAGUCCCGCUCUCCUCCAGCAGAGGGCCCUGACCUGCUUUUCUUCUAUGAACCUCACUGCGUUGUCAGGGAGACGCCCCUGUUGCCAGGCAACCACAUCCCUUUACCCCAUCUACGUCCGGCCCCCAGACCUGCUCACACGACCUUUCACCUACUUCAGAGACACAGGCAGUGGGAGGCAUGAGCUCAGCUAACAUGUCACUUCCUGUGGGCGGAGUCUAAUUUAUGCUCUGUGUGUGUUGUAAAUGUACAGUGUGUAUAACUUCAGUAAUUAAUAAAUGUUUAUGUGGA